UCAGUAUUUACCGAAUGUGACAAGCAGAGAGCAGAGCUUUCGGCGGGGCCGCUUGCUGCCCGGCUCAAGUGGUGGGAGAGCUCCUUACCCGCAACCUCUCUGACUAUCCCGUUGGCAAAGACCCGCAGGCCAUGAGGACUGGUCAAAGACAGUGAGAGGACGUGAAAGGGUAAAUCCCUGUGCCCCGCAGUCUUAUCUCCCGCCCUGACGUCCCUGCACACCAGCCAGAGGGUUAACCGUAAGCGGGUGCCUGUAUGGCCGCUUUACUGAUGCCACGCAGGAACAAAGGGAUGAGGACUCGACUGGGAUGCCUGUCUCACAAGUCCGACUCGUGUAGUGAUUUCACAGCUAUUCUUCCCGACAAACCCAACCGUGCUCUGAAGAGACUAUCCACAGAAGAAGCUACGAGGUGGGCAGAUUCCUUUGAUGUGCUUCUCUCCCAUAAGUAUGGGGUGGCUGCGUUCCGCGCCUUCCUGAAGACGGAGUUCAGUGAAGAGAACCUGGAGUUCUGGUUGGCCUGUGAGGAGUUCAAGAAGACCAGGUCAACUGCAAAACUGGUCUCCAAGGCCCAUAGGAUCUUUGAGGAGUUUGUGGAUGUGCAGGCUCCGCGGGAGGUAAACAUAGACUUCCAGACCCGAGAAGCCACGAGGAAGAACAUGCAAGAACCCUCCCUGACUUGCUUUGACCAAGCCCAGGGAAAAGUACACAGUCUCAUGGAGAAAGACUCUUACCCCCGGUUCCUGAGGUCCAAAAUGUACUUAGAUUUGCUGUCUCAAAGCCAGAGGCGGCUCAGUUAGACCUCAGA